AUGGACAGUGGGGGCCUGCUGAGCUCCGCAAACCUGGUGGAGUACAAAGACUACUGGGAGACGCUGAAUGCGCUGCUGAAGCAGGUGGUGACGAUCGUGGAUGGGUUGGCCGGCGGGGCAGACGUCCAGGAGGCCAAGGCGAGGCCCGUUGUGGAUGCGCUGGAGCAGCUGCUGGCGCGGGCCAGGGACCAGAGGGCCAAGGGCAAGGGGCUGGUCAAGAACCCAUUGCUGAGGUGGAAGCUCGUGCAGAAUUUGGAUACGCUGAGGGACAGGGUGCGGACCGUGGUGGAGAGGGCGGAGGAGGGGGGGGAAUGGAGCGAUGUGAUGUUGGACAGGGUCAGGGGGUUGGUGGGGGAGCUCUCCGGGGAGCUGGUGGAGGUCAUGGAGCAGGGAACACCAUUGCUGCUGCCGAUGCCCUCGCGGUUCGUGGUGGGGAUCGAGCGGCAUGUGGACGCGAUGAAGGAGCUGUUGCUCAGGAGCGCAGAGGUGAGGGACAUGUACGGUGGCCGGGUGGGCGUGGUGGGCAUGGGCGGUGCCGGGAAGACCCUGCUGGUGAACACCAUCUGUCGGGACGACGAGAUCCUGGACAAGUUCCGGGGAAUAUCAUGCGUGACUGUAACCAGCAGCCCAGACGUGUUGCGCUGCCAGGCCCAAAUGCAUCGGGACCUGCUCGGGGAUGGCACAUUGGACCAGUUUAUGGCGGAGGAGGAUGAGGUGAAGCGCAAGGAGUGGCUGCGGUUCGAGCUGCAGCACCAGAGGGUGCUGCUGGUGCUGGACGAGGUGUGGUGCAAGAAGAUAAGCGACCUGGACAGCCUGAUGGUGAUCAACCCGAACAACGGCAGCAGGGUUCUGUUCACCACACGGGGCUCGCACCUGUUCCGCCAAACUGGCUCUGGCUACAAGUAUGAGCUUGGGGAGAUGCUGCACGAGCACGCGAUGCAGCUGUUCUGCCACAACGCGUUCGGCACCCCAAAGGCCCCCGGACACAUGAGCGGGCUGGUGGCCCAGGUCGUGAACGAGUGCGGCGGGCUGCCGCUGGCGUUGGAGGUCACGGGAGCGGCCGUGGCGUCCUACGCCGUGGACAACACCGAUGAGGACGGCUGCAGGGGUGCCCUGGAAUUCGCCCUGGAGAGGCUGGCAGAGUCUGAGGUGCUGAGUUUGGACCAGGAGGAGCUGCUUUUGCGGCGUCUCAGGCUCAGCUACGACGCCCUGUCUGCCAGGGAGAAGGACUGCUUCCUGCACUUCGCCUCGGUCGCUGACGACUACCGAAUGCUCCUGUCGGAUGUCAUCGACCUGUGGUCCGCAGCGCAGGGGAUCAAGAGCAACGAUGCGCUGAUGAUCUGGGGCCAGCUGGUGGCCAUGUCGCUGGUGAAAUGGGACCGCCAGGGGGCCCCUGGGUUCCAGCUAACCGACGAGGAGCUGGCGAUGAGGUUCUCAGGCUUUGCGGACAUUUUUUCCACCACCUGCUAUGUGCACCGCGUGAUGCGGGACAUGGCGAUGUUCAUAAUCAAUGGGGAUGAGGCAUCCAAGCGCCAGCGCUGGUAUAGCCCGGGACCGGAGCCCCGCCUGGAGGAGGUGUUCUUCCAGUGGCCAGCGGACAUUCCUGGCAGGGAGAUGUCCCUGUCCAACAAGAAGAUCACGAGCUGGCCCCAGGCCGUUCGCAUGCCCAACAUGCGCGUCCUCCAGCUCCGCGACACCGCCCUCAUGUUCGCGCCCUCUGGCGUGUGCCUGCUCACCCAGCUCCGGGUCCUGGACCUCAGCUUCACCAACAUCACGAACCUGCCCGAGGGCAUCACCAACCUCAAGGCCCUCAGGCUGCUGCAGCUCGAUGCCUGCAAGCACCUGAGCACCCUCCCCGACCAGAUCGGCGUCAUGGCAGACCUCGCCACGCUGUCGCUCCGAUUCUGCGGCCGCCUGCGCCACCUUCCCGAGUCCAUUGGCUGCCUUGGGGGUCUGCAGUCACUGCACGCUCCCGGCUGUGCAUUCAAGGCCCUGCCUGGAACCUUGGGCCGCCUACGACGGCUGCGCCGCCUGGACCUCAGCUCCUGUGAGAGGAUCGCCGAGCUGCCCACCAGUUUGAGCACCCUGUCCAGUCUCGAGCUGCUGAACCUGUAUGGCCUGUGGGAGCUCCAUGAGCUGCCUGACUGCUUCGCGGGGCUGUCCAGGCUCAGGAAACUUUUUGUGGGGGGAUGCCUGAAGUUGAAGGGGCUGCCGGAGUCGCUGACGACGCUCACGCAGCUGGACCUGCUGGACUUGCAGUACUGCUGCUCGAUCGAAGCGCUGCCGUCAGAGAUCGGUGGGCUGUGUGGGCUGAGGACGCUGUACCUGGAUUACUGCUCAGGCCUGCAAUCGUUCCCCGAAUCCAUGGACCGCCUCACCAGCCUUGAGAUCCUGGGCCUGGACUUCCGCUCCGUGAAGCACAAGCACUCCACGCAACACCUGGAAGGCCCCGGUGUUGACUGCUAUCUCAACCGCGGCAGGCUGCCCGGCGGAAUCGUCGAGCGCGUCCGAACGGGAACCAUCAAAAUCGAAGAUCAGCUUCGGGAGCAGUCAAUCGUCCACUGCUGGAAGACCAAUGGCUGGACAUCGCUGCAUGCUUCGGUUUUCCAGGGGACAGGGGUGCUGGCCAAGCAGGUCGCCAACCUGAGGGAGCUCAUCAACACAGGGGACUGGAAGGGGUCCACGCCGCUGCACUGGGCCGCCUGGUCCAACAAGGUGGAGGCGGUGGGGCUGCUGCUGGGCGCCGGGGCCGUGCCUGAUGCGCAGGAGAGGAAUGGGUGCACGCCGCUGCACCGGGCGGCAGCCAAGGGUUCCGGGGCGUGCGUGGGGGCGCUGCUCAGGGCAGGCGCCCAGAUAGACGUGCAGGAGGAGAUCGGCUUCACGGCUCUUCACUGCGCCGCUGAAAACGGCAGGAAGGAGGUCGUGGAUCUACUGGUGACUAAUGGGGCGGUGCUCGACCUGGUGACAAAGGAUGGCUUCACGUCUCUCCAUGUUGCGGCGCAAAAUGGCCACGAAGAAGUUGUGAGAACACUGUUCGAACAUGGUGCUGCAGCGGACCUCAUCACAAAGAAAGGGGCGACCUCCUUGCACCUGGCUGCAAAGAAUGGCCACACCAGUGUGGUGGACUUGCUCCUCAGGAAUGGCGCAACAGUGGACAUCGUCACACAGAAUGGCAGCACGCCUCUGACGUUUGCAGCCGAGAAUGGGCACAGGGACGUCAUCAAGCUGCUGGUUGAUCACAACUCGAAUGUGGACCGCCAGAACAAGCAUGGAUGGACGGCCCUCCACUGGGCUACUUUCAUCGGGCACAGUGGGUGUGUGAUGGCAUUGUUGGAGGGCAAGGCAACAAUUGACCUUCAGGAACAGGACAGAUUCACAGCACUGCACUGCGCAGCACAGAACGGGCGUGCAGAGGUGGUGGAGAUUCUCGUGCAGCAUGGAGCCACCCUGGACAUGGUCAACAAGGAAGGUGCCACGCCCCUGCACUACGCGGCCAAGAACGGCCACAGGAGCGUGGUAGAGGUCCUGCUGCGCCACCACGCCUUGAUGGACCUCGUGACACAGAAAGGCGCAACCUGCCUUCACCUUGCGGCCAUGGAUGGCCACAGGGAAGUGGUGGAGCUUCUCAUAGACCACCAUGCCGAAAUCAACCGCGUCACAAAGGAUGGUUGGACACCGCUAAUGUAUGCUGCCCAGAAAGGCCACGAACCUGUUGUCAGGUGCCUUCUGGAAAAGGGAGCAGAAGUCAACCACCAGAACAAGCAUGGAAGCACGGCACUCACACUGGCCGCAGAGUUCUCUCCAUAUGGAGUGGCAAAGCUCUUGAUCGAAAAUGGCGCGAAGGUGGAUGUUGCAACCAAGAAUGGCUGGAAUCCACUGACAUUUGCAGCCAGACAUGGCCACUUGGAGAUGGUAGAGUUCCUGUCCCAGCAUGGCGCUAACCUGAACCACCAGAACAAG